ACGCAAGGGGAAGCAUUUGAGCACUGCACCGACGUGUCCCGUGCCCUUCAGCCCGUGCUCGGAGGAGAACGUUGGUUCAGUCGUGGUGGUGUUUUUUUCUUAUAGUUGGUGGUCUGAAGUCAGACCUCACAUAGAACCGGCCUCAAUAUGAUGAGCGGAAGGCCGGGCCGAGAGCCCUUAAAAUUCCUGCCGGAUGAGGCUCGGAGCUUGCCCCCGUCCAAAAUGACCGACCCGCGGCUUCUGUACUUCGGUUUCCUGGGCUACUGCUCCGGCCUGCUCGACAACGCGCUGCGGCGGAGGCCGGUGCUGAUCACCGGUUUGCAUCGCCAGCUUCUGUAUGUUACUUCCUUUUUUUUUGCUGGAUAUUAUCUUUUAAAACGUCAAGACUAUAUGUAUGCUGUGAGGGACCACGACAUGUUUGGGUAUAUGAAAUUACAUCCAGAGGACUUCCCUGAAAAAGAGAAGAAAACUUAUGGAGAAAUUCUUGAAGAAUUCAAUCCAGUACGUUGAAGUCCUCAAAAGGCUUGCUCCUGUUCCACCAAGAUAUGUUUUUUCUGAAUUUUAUGGGACAUAUUAAAAUAGUUACUAUGAAUUCUCUGG